AAAUAAAUAAAAAAUAAUAGAAAAUGUUGAAAAGAGAACAAUUAUGAAUGAGGUUCGUCGUUCGUGUAAUAAAAAUAAACAAUUAUGAUUUAAUGAGUCAUAAUUGAUUGUUUCUAUUCAAUUCAAUGACAGCUUCUUAUUCUUUUUUUGGUAAAGAAAAACAAUUUAAGAAAAUAAUAGUACAAAUAUUCUUAUCUUUAUUAUUGUUACUAAAGAUAGACAGAGAGACAGAAAGAAGGGCGUGAAAUUGGGAGGUGACGGGAUCACAGGUAGUUUGGUAUCCGACCGAACAUCACCGCUUCUGUUCUGUCGCUUCAACGCUCCUACGUACCAGAGUUCAUAUGGUUGUUCACUAAUUCUACCAAAUAUGGGUCAAGAUAUUUUCUCCUUAUUUCAGCUACAAAGAAAAAAAUUGUUAUGCCUUAUUGCUAUUACCUUUGCACUCAUUUUAGCUUUUCAAUAUUUUGAACUUCCUUAUGGUAACUUUCUUCUAGUACAAACAUCAAAUAGUAAUAGUAGUAGUAGUUUUCAUGUUGCAGAUUCACCAUCUGCUUCUGAAAUACUAUAUAACAAUGUCACCCUUUUGAAUCAAACAAAUUUAGAAGAAAACCCUAUUGAGAAUGUUAAUGACACUACUUCGACAACCGGUUUGGUCUCAGAACCAGGAAGGGUAGAAUCUGAUGGACCGGGCCGUUAUGACAAUAAUACUAUAGGUGUGAAUUUGACAAGAGAUGUUCAAGCAAUUGCGCCGACAUAUUUAACUCCACCGCCUACUACUUUAGAAUAUGAUGGACCGGGCCAUUAUGAUAAUAAUACUAUAAGUAUGAAUUUGACAAGAGAGGUUCAAGCAAUUGCGCCGACAUAUUUAACUCCACCACCUACUGCAAGUCCUCCAAUAAUAGUGUUACUAAAUGAUUCUGAAGUUACUGGUUCGAUGAAUGAUGAGAGGUUCAAGCCGUUAAAAGAUGAUGUCAAUGUGAUUGAGAGCAAUUCUACUAUCACAACUGUGCCUAAAGAGACCAAAGAUUCUGUUGUUAAAGUUCCUGAAGUAACAACAAUCUCAGAAAUGCAGAAGUUGUUGUUUCAAAACUAUGCUUCUUAUCGAUCUAUGAGGCCAAGGUGGUCUUCCACUGUUGAUCAAGAGCUACUGCAGGCUAGAUCAGAGAUCGAAAAUGCACCAGUUGUAACUGAUGUUGGAAACCUUCAUGCUCCUCUUUAUCACAAUGUUUCCAUGUUUAAGAGGAGCUAUGAAUUGAUGGAAAAGACUCUCAAAGUGUAUGUGUACAGAGAAGGGGCUAAGCCGAUAAUGCAUUUGCCGUAUCUUUUGGGAAUUUAUGCUUCCGAGGGAUGGUUCAUGAGACUGAUGGAAGUUGAUAAACAAUUUGUUACUAAAGACGCAAAGAAGGCCCACCUGUUUUACAUACCUUUCAGUUCUCGAAUGCUUGAGGAAACAUUGUAUGUUGCAAAUUCACAUACCUUUAGGAACCUAAGGCAGUAUCUGAAUAACUAUGUAGACACAAUUGCCGCGAAACAUUCUUUCUGGAACAGGACAGGGGGUGCUGAUCAUUUUUUUGUUGCUUGCCAUGAUUGGGCACCUAUGGAAACAGAUCAAAGGAUGGCGAAUUGCUUAAGAUCCCUAUGCAAUGCUGAUGUCAAAGAAGGUUUUGUGUUCGGGAAAGACACGUCACUUCCCGAAACUUAUGUCCGGAAUGCACAGAAUCCCACCAGAGGCCUUGGCGGAAAAAGAAUUUCAAGUAGGAAAACUCUUGCUUUUUACGCAGGUGGUAUACACGGUUACGUUCGUCCGAUACUGUUGCAGCACUGGGAAAAUAAAGAUCCUGACAUGAAAAUAUUCGGUAUAUUGCCACACUCGAAAGGGAACAGGAACUACAUCCAGUACAUGAAAAGUAGCAAGUACUGUAUUUGUCCAAAGGGAUAUGAAGUUAACAGUCCUAGAGUUGUCGAGGCUAUCGUCUACGAAUGUGUUCCAGUUAUUAUAUCAGAUAAUUUUGUGCCUCCUUUUCUUGAGGUUUUGAAUUGGGAAUCAUUUGCUGUUUUUGUAUUGGAGAAGGACAUUCCAAAUUUAAAGAGUAUACUUCUUUCCAUUCCAAGAAAGAGGUAUCUUCAAAUGCAGAUGAGAGUGAGAAAAGUGCAGCAGCAUUUUCUUUGGCAUAGGAGUCCUGUCAAGUAUGAUAUAUUUCAUAUGAUACUACAUUCUAUUUGGUACAAUAGAGUCUUCACAGCAAGAACCGGAUAAAUAUUUUUUAGAAAAAGGGAUUUUUUUUAUUUUUUUUUUGCAUAAAAUAGUCGUUUUCUCUUGAAAUUUUAGCGGCUAUAUAUUGAUUUAUGCCCUAAGGGCACAUGUUAGCAUUUCACGGGUCAUGUUAACUAAUAAUAAUGUAAUUUUAUUUAUGUGUACAUUCUUUUAGUUUUUGGUGUAAAUAAAUUUCUGAACCUUAUUCCCUUU